UCUGACCCUUGCCCCAUGCUAACUGCACCUUGGAGUUGCUCCUCUCCCAGCCCACUCGGGCAAGGGUGUGGAUGGGACAGCUUGCAGAGCUUUGCUUCUCAGCCAGCCCUCCCACACCUUCCCCCACCACAGCGUAGCCACGAGCCCACACUGCGUGAGGGGUGGCCCUGGCAGGGCAGAGGGGCCAGUGGGGCCAUCGUCCUCGGAGCAGUUGACAUGGAGCAGGCCCAGCGGAGCCUGGAUGCAGAGCAAAUGCAGCAGCAGCAGCUCAAACUACGGGACCGGCAGAAGUUCUUUGAGGAGGUUUUCCAGCAUGACGUGGAUUUCUUCUUCCCGAUGUCUCACCUGCAGAUAGAGCAUCGGAGACCUCCCUUAGGCAGCAUUUCCUCCAUGGAGGUGAAUGUGGACAUGCUGGAGCAGAUGGACAUGAUGGACCUGUCAGACCAGGACACAGUGGAUGUGUUUCUGGGCUGUGGGACAGAGAAGAGCAGCAUUGUUGGAUCCCUGCCAGGGGCAGAUGCCAGCCAGUGCCCAGAGGAGAUCACCCUGCAAGUGCCCGACGCAGCCGAGAGCAAGUCUCGCAUUUCCUCCACGUCCUCGGCCUCCACGGACCUGAACAGCCUGGACACCAGUGAGGAGGGGGCCGAGACCCCCGUGGUGCAGUCGGAUGAGGAGGACCUGCAGGAGGACAGUUCCAAAGAGCAGGUGGCAAGAAGCUAGCAGGCAGCUCUGCCCGGCUCCCAGCCUCCUCCACACGGACUUGCCAGCCCAGAGGAAGGAAAGCUGCUGGUGCUCAGCAAACCCCUUCCUGGACUGCUGCCCUGCCAGAGGGGAGAGAUGGUUUUCCCCUCCUCUCCCUCCAUGGGUUCUCCUGGCAGCCAAAAGGAGAAGGAAAGGGGUAUUGUAAGCUCCCAAAAUUAACUCUUCAGGCUUUGCUGCUAACAUUCCUUGCUUCACCCCCCCACAAAAAAUGCUGAGCUUCCCACAGCCCUACCAUUCCCAGAAAGCCAUACCUUGGGACCCCAGUUCCCCCUGUUCUACUGACAAAGGUUCUUCCCAGACAAGCACUUAACAACAGAGAAAUAACACUGCACACAGAGAAAUAACACUGAUCUAACCAA